AUGGAAGUGGACGGGGAGGAGGGCCCCUUCGAGGGGGCCCCCUCGUCAGGGGCUUUGCAAGUGCAGCCUCGAUCCCAGGGAAAGCCCCCUGCCUUCUUCAUUUCCAAAGCAGAAGAGUAUCUGUCUUCUUUUCCACCCAACAUGGAGUUGGCGGUGAAGUUUUUGGAGAAGGGGGUGUCUGUACACCCCAACCAUGUGGGGCUUCUCGAGCGCCUCGCUGCCGAAUACGCAGAGAUAGGCAGGGCAGAGGAGGCGAAGAAGCUGCUGCAGAGGGCCAUGGAGCUGCAGCCAGACUCGGGGCCCCUCAAGUUCCUCCAAAUGGCCCAACUCGAAGAAGGCGCCGCCAGCCUGCCGCUGUACAGCAAGGCCAUUGACAUGCUGGAGUCUGCUGCGCGGGUGGGCCCCCGCAGCAGCAGCAGCAGCAGCAAGAGCAGCAGCAGCAGCGGCGCAGCGGCAGAGUUCUCGCAGAAGGAAGCGAGGGCCCACCUGGUGCGGGCCUACGCCGCUGUGGCUGAACUCUAUCUCACAGAUCUCUGUGACGAAGCAGAAGCAGAAGCAGCAGCAGCAAAUGCCAUUAACAAGGCUUUGCUGCUGGACCCCGACAGCCCCGACGCGCUGCUCUGCGAGGCCCAGUUCAAGAAGGUCAAAGAGGACCGCGAGGGCGCAAUGGCUGCUGCUGGGCGCCUGCAUGCGGUGCUGAAGCGGCUGCAGGAGAAGGCUGCUGCUGGGCUGCUGCUGUGGCAGCGCGAGCACGGCGCAGCAGCAGCAGCAGCAGCAGAUGGACAAGAAGAGGAAAAUGCUUCAAUUGAAAUCCGAGUCAACGCUGGGAGACUCUUCAUAGAUUUGGAGAUGGUUGAGGAGGCCCUCGAAGUCCUCAGCAGCUGCCUAGAAGAAAAUGAAGACGACCCAGAGGUCUGGCUGGUGUAUUGCUGCGGGCUCUUGAAGGCGAAAGAAUUUGACUCUUGUCUCAGCGCGCUUGACGAGUUGAAAGACCGGCUCAAGCGAUUUGGCUUCCCCAGCGACCAUCCGAUGGCAGAACAUGAGGAGGAGCUGCGCAAACUUGCGGAGCAGGGCCUCACUGACCCGCAGCAGCAGCAGCAGCAGCAGCAGCAGCAGGAUAGCAGCGACUGCAGCUUCUCCUCCGAUGACGAGGGCGCCUCCUGA